AUGGAAGUUAUUGUGAUCGAUGACGAACAACCGGGCCAAACAGGCAUGUCUUCAUUGAAGAGAAGCAACGAACAGAGCCAGGAACCACAAUCGCCGGCAAAGAAGGUUAAGUCUGAAACUAGUAGCAGUAGUACUCCUGCGGCGACUUCUUCAGUGGGCUCUAACGCAACUUCGAUCUCGAAUGCCAAGAAGAUUCCAAACAUUGCUGAAGAAUUGGCAAAAAAUAGAAACUUUGUAAAAGUACAAUCUCCAUCACUUUCUCCUCCCCUCCCGUUCUCAUCAAGUGUAUCUUCUUCAACAGCUGCUACUGUUAUUCAUAAUACAGUCUCAUCGUCUUCCUCUUUGAACCAAAUAUUGAAUCAUUCUGAAGUUUCUAUACCGGAAGUGGAACAGAAACAGACUACUACAGCUACACCAGCUGCAUCAAUAACAGAUUCGAAACCUAAGCCUAAGCCUCGAGCUAAACCGAAACCGAAACCAAAACCUAAAGCUGACGGUGAUGCAUCGGCGAUACCAAAGAAGAAACAAACUACAACCAAACCAAGAGCGAAGAAGGUAAAACAAGAAAACGCCAAUACCCAAAAACCUGGAGACUCUCAACUGCCGAAGGUAAUUCUUCCCACUCAAAAGAAACAACAAGCAUCAACCCCCGUGAUAAAGAAGGACGAGGAUGAUAAUAAUAUAAUAAUUGCAAACAGAAACUCUCCAGUUAAUAUAAUUCCUACAAUAACGAAGAAGGCUCCCUCUUUAAAACGGAGUCAAAGCAGUUUAUCUAGUUCAACUUCGAACUCAACCGCAACACCAACCGCUGAGAAGGCCAAGAAAUCAAACUCUAUAUCCGCUAUUCCAAGACAAAUUAAGAAGAAGACUCCAAAGAAGAAACAAUCAGAGACGCCAGCGGUAACUGAAACCACAUCAACUAGCACGAAACCAAAACUGGUGGCACCACCACCUGUUGAACCUCCUUCACUACUAAAACAACCAACCGAUGAAACUGCUAAUAAUGAUGACGAAAAGGCCGUCAUAUUAAAUAUUCCAUUAUAUUCCACACAAAAUAAUGAAUAUUUGGAUGAAAAUGGGUCUGUUGUAUUUAACGUCUUCAAAUUAAUUCAAGAAGAUAAGAAAGUUAAUAGUAACGAUUUACAAAAUUUAAAGAAAAUGAAGAGAAAUCUUUUCACUCAACUGAAUACAACAAAUGAUGAUACCAAGGAGACAAAGAAAUCUGUCACUUUUGAACAGGGGGAAGACGGUGAAGAAGGUGAUGAUGUUAUUAUAAUUGACGAAGAGGAGGAAGAGGAGGAAAAUGAAAACGAGAACGAUAAUGAAAAUGAGAUAAUGGAUGAAGAAGAACAUGCAGACACCACUACUCCCAAGAAGAGAUCACAUCCAAUGAAGGGGAAAAGUAUGAUUGGGAAAUACGAUAUUGAAGAUCCAUUCAUUGAUGAUUCCGAAUUACUAUGGGAAGAGCAACAAGCCUCGACAAAGGAGGGAUUCUUUGUUUAUUUUGGUCCAUUGAUAGAGAAGGGACAAUUGGCAAGCAUUGAAAAAGUUAGUUCAAAUACUAAAAGAAGUAGUAGUGUUAGAAACAAAUAA